AUGGGAAGCGCCGGUGAGACCAGUAACAAGGGCAUUGAACCAUCGGUAAGCGAGUUGGUUUGGGUCCGCCGCAGAAACGGGUCAUGGUGGCCCGGUAGGAUAAUGGGUCUCGAUGAGUUGUUUGAGAGUUGCUUAGUUUCGCCGAGAUUGGGUACCCCUGUAAAGCUUCUGGGUCGCGAGGACACAAGCGUCUUGCUUCCAAAGACGGUUGCGAAGCCUUUACAGAAUGCUUUCAUUCUCGUUGCUUUUCCUCUCGUUGGGGUCUCUGCAGCACUUGAUGCUCUUAUUGACAUUAGUGGUGGAAAAGUUAACAUCCAUGUAUUAAUGGCUCUAGCGGCAUUUGCUUCAGUAUUUAUGGGGAAUGCCUUAGAAGGAGGGUUACUUCUUGCCAUGUUUAAUUUGGCUCAUAUAGCUGAAGAGUACUUCACUAGCCGUUCAAUGAUUGAUGUUAAAGAGUUGAAGGAAAAUCAUCCUGAAUCUGCUCUUGUGCUGGAUAUGAAUGAAGAUAGACUUCCUAACACAACCGAUUUGGCAUACAAAAGGGUUCCUGUACAUAAUAUAGAAGUGGGAUCCUAUAUUUUGGUUGGAGCUGGUAAGUCUGUGCCUGUAGACUGUGAAGUUUUUCAAGGUAAUGCAACCAUUACUAUCGAACACUUGACGGGUGAAGUCAAACCUUUAGAGAUUAAAGUUGGAGACAAGAUUCCUGGUGGAGCAAGAAAUUUGGAUUGUAGGAUAAUUGUGAAGGCUACAAAAACGUGGAAAAAGUCAACACUCAGCAAGAUAGUACAAUUGACUGAACAAGCACGCUUGAAUAAACCAAAGCUUCAAAGUUGGCUUGACCAAUUUGGUGAGCAAUACAGCAAGGUUGUCGUAGUCUUGUCUGUAGCUAUUGCUCUCAUUGGUCCAUUUCUCUUCAAGUGGCCAUUCUUUGGAACAUCAGGGAAACUAGCAUUCAAAGCAAUUGAACCAAUUUAUGGACAUCAGGCUGGAAACAAUAACUCAAAUUUGACUACCUGCUGUAUCCCGAACUGUGAGAAAGAAGCUCUUGCAGUCGCAGCUGCCAUGGAGAAGGGUACCACUCAUCCUAUCGGAAGGGCUGUGGUAGACCAUAGUGUUGGGAAAGACCUUCCCUCUGUCUCAGUUGAGAGUUUUGAGUAUUUUCCGGGAAGAGGUCUCAUCGCUACUCUCAAUAGCCUUGAGUCAUUACUAAGAGGUUGGUUCUUGCGUAAUGGAAGUAUGGUUGAGAAUGAGAGGCCCUCUUCUGUGGCUGAAAGUGAAUUAGGCUUAUUGAAGCAAAGGCAUACAGUCUCCGGUCUGAGGUAUUUUCUAAUUCAGAGCUCAAUAACUUUAUUUUUAUUCUUUUUUCUUGAAUAA